AGCCGACGUGGGCACCAGCCCCCGCGCCCGCCCUGUGGUCCUGUCCCUGCGCCCGCUCGGAACCUGCUCAGUGAGCUGACAGGGCGGCGGGCUAGCGGCGAGCGGGCUUCUGCGAGCUCGAAGAGGCGCAGGCCUGUCCCGGAUCCCCGCAGGUCUGCGUGGCUGUUGUCCCCAGCACUCUGUGACGCCUGACAAGGAGGCGCAACCUGUCCAGAGUCUCUACAGGCCAGGAAAAGCACGGGAAACCUCACCAUGGAGAAACCCUACAGCAAAAAUGAAGGAAAACUUGAAAAGGAGGGAAAACCGGAAGAUGAAGUAGAGCCUGAAGAUGAAGGAAAGUCAGAUGAGGAAGAAAAGCCAGACGAGGCGGGAAAGCUAGAGGAUGAGGGACAGCCAGAUAAUGAGGGACAGCCGGGAGAUGAAGGAAAGCACGAAAAGCAGGGAAAGUGCGAAGAUGAGGGCAAGUCACAGGGCGAGGGCCAGCCAGAAUCCCAGGCAAAGCCAGAGAGCGAGCCGCGGGCCGCCGAAAAGCGCCCGGCUGAGGAUUAUGUGCCCCGGAAAGCAAAAAGAAAAACGGACAGGGUUACGGACGAUUCCCCCAAGGACUCUCGGGAGGACUUACAGGAAAGGCAUUUGGGCAGUGAGGAGAUGAUGAGAGAAUGUGGAGAUAUGUCAAGGGCUCAGGAAGAGCUAAGGAAAAAACAGAAAAUGGGCGGUUUUCACUGGAUGCAAAAUGUCCAGGAUCCAUUCGCUCAAGGGGCCAACGGGGUGUCCGGGGAGUGAGGGGCGGAGGGAGAGGCCAAAGGGGCUUACACGAUAUCCCAUACCUUUAAUGCCUUUGGCCUUCAAUUCUGACUUCUCUGAUGAGGAUAUUGCUGGCCCUGCUUUCCCUGGUAGAUAUUUGCCAGGCCCUGUGCUUUAACCUUAAGCUGUUACUUUGCUUUAGGUGUCACUCUCGUUACCAGCAGCCUUUUGAUUCAACUAUAGCUUUCCUGUCUUUUAGUAGAAGAUUUUCACCCAUGUGCAUGGAAGAGAUGUACAUUGUCAAAUAACAAUAAAAAGUUUGCAGAACCACA